CAAAGAACAUUAAUUUUGACUUCUCUGAGAAAGCCCGUGGCUGCCCCUAUGCUGAACAACAUAUUGUCAAGUCAGAGUCAAAAGGAAAACUGGUACUUGUGGCACAAUGAUAAAUUUCAUCCUUCCCAGAAUGGUAUGAGGAUCAGUGAUGCAGACUGCUGGGUUCGAUGAAGCUGGGCAUCUGUAACUAGAUUCAUUAAGGAAUACAAAGAAAAUAUUUACAGGGAUCAAUAAUGCUGUCUUCUGGUUGCAGAAUGAGAAGUCUGUGGCUCAUCAUUAUAAUCAGCUUCUCUCCGAACACAGAAGGCUUCAGUCGAGCAGCCUUGCCGUUCGGCUUGGUGAGGCGGGAGCUCUCCUGCGAAGGUUACUCCAUCGACCUGCGCUGCCCGGGGAGCGACGUCAUCAUGAUCGAGACCGCCAACUACGGCCGCACGGACGACAAGAUCUGCGAUGCCGACCCGUUUCAGAUGGAGAACACCGACUGCUACCUCCCAGAUGCCUUCAAAAUCAUGACUCAAAGGUGCAACAAUCGAACACAGUGUGUAGUAGUGACCGGGUCAGAUGUAUUUCCUGAUCCAUGUCCAGGAACCUACAAGUACCUUGAAGUCCAGUAUGAAUGUGUCCCUUACAAAGUGGAGCAAAAAGUUUUUGUAUGUCCGGGGACUUUGAAAGCAAUCGUGGAUUCACCAUGUAUAUAUGAAGCUGAGCAGAAGGCAGGUGCUUGGUGCAAGGACCCUCUCCAGGCGGCGGAUAAAAUUUACUUCAUGCCCUGGACGCCCUACCGCACCGACACUUUGAUCGAGUUUGCCUCUAUCGAAGACUUCCAGAAUAGCCGUCAGACCACUACGUAUAAACUUCCCAACCGAGUAGACGGGACUGGAUUUGUGGUGUAUGAUGGUGCUGUCUUCUUUAACAAAGAAAGGACAAGGAAUAUUGUGAAAUUUGACCUGAGAACUAGAAUAAAGAGUGGCGAGGCCAUCAUCAACUAUGCCAACUACCACGACACAUCCCCGUACAGGUGGGGAGGGAAGACUGACAUCGACCUUGCGGUCGAUGAGAAUGGCUUGUGGGUCAUCUACGCCACCGAGCAGAACAAUGGGAUGAUUGUGCUUAGCCAGCUGAACCCCUACACCCUUCGAUUUGAGGCCACGUGGGAGACCGUGUAUGACAAGCGUGCCGCAUCCAAUGCCUUCAUGAUCUGUGGGGUCCUCUAUGUGGUCAGGUCAGUCUAUCAAGACAACGAGAGCGAAACAGGCAAGAAUGCAAUUGAUUACAUCUACAACACCCGGCUAAACCGGGGCGAGUAUGUGGAUGUUCCCUUUCCCAACCAGUACCAGUACAUUGCAGCGGUGGACUACAACCCAAGAGAUAACCAGCUCUACGUGUGGAACAAUAACUUCAUCUUACGAUACUCUCUGGAGUUCGGUCCACCGGAUCCUGCCCAAGUGCCUACCACAGCUGUGACAGUAACCUCCGCAGCUGAGCUGUCCAGAACCACAGUGCCCACCGCAAGCACCACUCCACAGCGAGGCCCCGCAAGCACCACCGUGGCUGGGCCUCAGGAAGGAGGCAAAGGGACCAAGCCACCUCCAGCAGUGUCGACAACCAGAAUUCCUCCUGUAACAAAUAUUUUUCCCCUGCCAGAGAGAUACUGCGAAGCAUUAGAAGCGAGGGGAAUUAAGUGGCCUCAGAUACAAAGGGGAAUGAUGGUUGAACGACCAUGUCCCAAGGGAACAAGAGGAACGGCCUCCUAUCUCUGCAUGAUGUCCACUGGAACAUGGAACCCUAAGGGCCCCGAUCUAAGCAACUGUACCUCACACUGGGUUAAUCAACUGGCUCAAAAGAUCAGAAGCGGGGAGAACGCGGCAAGCCUUGCCAACGAGCUGGCGAAGCACACGAAGGGGCCGGUGUUCGCGGGGGACGUGAGCUCCUCGGUGCGGCUCAUGGAGCAGCUGGUGGACAUCCUGGACGCCCAGCUACAGGAGCUCAAGCCCAGCGAGAAGGACUCAGCCGGGCGCAGCUACAACAAGCUCCAAAAACGAGAGAAGACGUGCAGGGCUUACCUUAAGGCAAUUGUUGACACGGUGGACAACCUUCUGAGACCGGAAGCUCUGGAGUCCUGGAAGCACAUGAAUGCCUCGGAGCAGGCACACACUGCCACGAUGUUAUUGGAUACGCUGGAGGAAGGGGCUUUUGUCCUGGCUGACAAUCUCUUGGAGCCAACGAGGGUCUCCAUGCCCACAGAAAACAUUGUUCUGGAAGUCGCUGUUCUCAGCACAGAAGGGCAGGUCCAAGACUUUAAAUUUCCUCUGGGCAUCAAGGGAGCGGGCAGCUCAAUCCAGCUUUCAGCCAACACCGUCAAGCAGAACAGCAGGAAUGGGCUCGCGAAGCUGGUAUUCAUCAUUUACCGGAGUCUGGGACAGUUCCUUAGCACAGAAAACGCCACCAUCAAGCUGGGCGCCGACGUCAUUGGCCGCAACAGCACCAUUGCGGUGAACUCUCACGUCAUCUCCGUCUCCAUCAAUAAGGAGUCCAGCCGUGUGUACCUGACGGACCCUGUGAUUUUCACCCUGCCGCACAUCGACCCUGACAAUUAUUUCAAUGCAAACUGCUCCUUCUGGAAUUACUCAGAGAGAACCAUGAUGGGGUACUGGUCGACCCAGGGCUGCAAGCUGCUUGACACAAAUAAGACUCGUACAACGUGUGCGUGCAGCCACCUAACCAAUUUUGCUAUCCUCAUGGCCCACAGGGAAAUUGCAUACAAAGAUGGGGUUCACGAACUGCUUCUGACUGUCAUCACCUGGGUGGGGAUCGUCGUCUCGCUUGUCUGCCUGGCGAUCUGCAUCUUCACCUUCUGUUUCUUCCGUGGGCUGCAGAGUGACCGGAACACCAUUCACAAGAACCUCUGCAUCAAUCUUUUCAUUGCUGAAUUUAUUUUUCUAAUAGGAAUUGACAAGACGAAAUACACGAUCGCGUGCCCGGUUUUCGCGGGGCUCCUGCACUUCUUCUUUCUGGCGGCGUUUGCGUGGAUGUGCCUAGAAGGUGUCCAGCUCUAUUUGAUGUUAGUGGAAGUUUUCGAAAGCGAAUAUUCGAGGAAGAAAUAUUACUACGUUGCUGGGUACUUGUUCCCUGCCACGGUGGUCGGCGUCUCAGCCGCUAUUGACUACAAGAGCUAUGGAACAGAAAAGGCUUGCUGGCUUCAUGUGGAUAACUACUUCAUAUGGAGUUUCAUUGGCCCUGUUACCUUCAUUAUUCUGCUAAACAUUAUUUUCCUGGUGAUCACGUUGUGCAAAAUGGUGAAACAUUCCAACACUCUGAAACCAGAUUCUAGCAGGUUGGAAAACAUUAAUAAUUACCGUGUUUGUGAUGGCUACUAUAAUGCGGACUUACCUGGCUAUGAAGAUAAUAAGCCAUUUAUCAAGUCCUGGGUGCUUGGCGCAUUUGCUCUUCUGUGUCUGCUUGGCCUCACCUGGUCUUUUGGGCUGCUUUUUGUUAAUGAGGAGACUGUUGCGAUGGCCUAUCUCUUCACCAUCUUUAACGCGUUCCAGGGAGUGUUCAUUUUCAUCUUCCACUGUGCUCUCCAGAAGAAAGUACGCAAAGAAUAUGGCAAGUGCUUCAGACACUCGUACUGCUGCGGCGGCCUCCCCACCGAGAGCCCGCACAGCUCGGUGAAGGCAUCCACCACCCGCACCAGCGCCCGCUACUCCUCCGGCACGCAGAGUCGUAUAAGAAGAAUGUGGAAUGACACUGUGAGAAAACAGUCUGAAUCUUCCUUUAUCUCAGGUGACAUCAAUAGCACUUCAACACUUAAUCAAGGAAUGACUGGCAAUUACCUACUAACAAACCCUCUUCUUCGGCCCCACGGCACUAACAACCCCUAUAACACAUUGCUCGCUGAGACCGUUGUAUGUAAUGCCCCUUCCGCUCCUGUGUUUAACUCACCAGCAAGCUACAGAGAGACAAGACAUUCACUGAACAAUGCCAGGGACACGAGUGCCAUGGAUACUCUACCGCUAAAUGGUAACUUUAACAACAGCUACUCACUGCGCAAGGGGGACUACCACGACGGGGUGCAGGUGGUGGACUGUGGACUAAGUCUGAAUGAUGCCGCUUUCGAAAAGAUGAUCAUUUCAGAGUUAGUGCACAAUAACCUCCGCGGCAGCAGCAAGACCCACAACCUGGAGCUCACGCUUCCCGUCAAGCCAGCGAUCGGGGGCAGCAGCAGCGAAGAUGACGCCAUCGUAGCAGACGCCUCAUCUUUAAUGCACAGUGACAACCCGGCUCUGGACCUCCAUCCCAAAGAACUGGAGGCCCCGCUCAUCCCCCAGCGGACUCACUCCCUUCUCUACCAGCCCCAGAAGAAAGUGAGGCCCGAGGGCACCGACAGCUAUGUGUCCCAGCUGACGGCCGAGUCUGAUGACCACCUCCAGUCCCCCAAUCGAGACUCUCUGUACACGAGCAUGCCCAACCUCAGAGACUCCCCCUACCCGGAGAGCAGCCCCAACAUGGAAGACCUGUCCCCGUCCAGGAGGAGCGAGAAUGAGGACAUUUACUACAAGAGCAUGCCAAACCUGGGAGCCGGCCAUCCACUGCAGAUGUGCUACCAAAUUAGCAGGGGUAAUAGUGAUGGUUAUAUCAUCCCCAUUAACAAAGAAGGGUGCAUCCCAGAAGGGGACGUGAGGGAAGGACAGAUGCAGCUGGUUACUAGUCUUUAAUAGGACAGCUAAGGAGUCCCCAGGGCCACACACGCAAGUAUUAACACAUAAAGACUCGCUGCCCCCGCGCAGCACCCACAAACUCAGCUUGGAGGGAUGGCGCUUUUCACCUGUGGUUUUUCCAAUGUACAAUGAAAAAGAAGACUGAACUUCACAGUUCUGUGAAUUUUUAUAAAACAUACAAAAAAGAAAAGAAAGAAAAACUUUGUAUAUACACAGAGUAUACUAAAAUGAAUUAUUUGUUACAGAGGAAGAAAUGCCAACCAGGUAUUUUACCAUUCUGCUGCUGUGUAGAGAAAUUGUCUACGGAGCAAAACAAUAAAAAUAAAAAAAAUAAAAAAAAAA